UCAACGAAACUGCACACUUGCGUUUGAAACUUUGCAGAAGACAGGAGUGAGUGGUGGGAAUUAAAGCGGUACUUAAGGAGGAAAGGUGCUUCGGAGUAACUAGUUGCUGGACGGAGUUGCUAGGGGUUAAUGUCAGAAAACGGCAGCAGUACUUAUGGCAACAACUGGACUCUUCUGACCCCAGAAGUAAAGGAGUCUGGAGCUGAGAAUAUGGGUCCAGUAACUGAAGGUCUUAAGGUAGAGGGGCAGCUCUCUAAAGCACCUGAGCCCUUAACAUUGGCCCACAGUGACCUGGAGAAACACUCCUCUGACGCAUCUGCUCACCAGCCCGAGACUGAGACAUCAGCACAGAUUCAGUCUGACCAAGCUCUCGGCCAAGGGUCAGAAAAAACACAGGAAACUCAGAUAACACCUCCAGAGACGAGUGAGGGUCGGGCUCAGCUGAAUGCAGCACAUGUCAAUGAAGGCCCCAGCUCUGUUAGUGUUGAAGACAUCAGCUCCUGGAGUCCUGACCAUGAGGAACAAGAUGCCCUUACAGGUCACCCUGAGAACCCAGCAUGUCCCGGCACUGAUGCAGAGUCAUUCUCUGACUCUUACUCUCACAUUAGUCUCACCACUGGAUCAAGCCCCCUUUCUGCUUCAGCGUGUAAAGAAAGAGACCACUUUAAAUCAGAUGAAGAACCUCUGAGGAAAAGCACAGGUGAAGAGCCGAAGGAAGUGUUGGAAACAAACGGGAAGGAGGGAGAUGGUUUAAGAAAGAGAAAGAUCUCCCACCUGGGCUCUUUGGACAAGACUGAGAUGGAGGAUGAUGAAGAGAAGGAGGAGGAAGACUUUCAGCCGCCUCAAAGAGAAGAUGAAACGGUCUUUACUUUGAACAAGUGCAUCAUUGCAGCUGUCAUUCUUCUAGGGCUUGGAACCAUUUUCUUCUCUGAAGCAGAUGUGGAUGUUAGAGAGCUGAAGGAUCCGGCAAAUCAGGAUUGGCUGAAUCUUGAAGACUCCAGAGACACGCCUGUUGAUCUUCAGCCUCCAGACAUUUUAAGCAAACACACAAAGGAAGAUCAGCAAAUAUUGGCUCUACAGGCACAGCUUCAGCAAUAUCAAGGUGAACUGAAAGCAGCGCAGCUUCUGGCUGAGACAGGAGAGAAGGAGCGUGUGCGGAGAGAAGAGCUGGAGAAGGAGUAUCAGAGGAUUAAAGGAGAACUAGACAGACUGCCUGUUCUUCAGAAGGAGCUGGAGCAGGAGAACGAGAGAAUGAAAGAAGAAAGUGCACGAGCGCAGAAAGAGCUGGAGGCACUGCCAUCGCUGCAGAGCGAAUUGGAGCAUCUGAGAGCUCAAGUUUCCCAGCUCACAGUAAAAGCAGAACAUCUGCAUCCCAUCACCACCUCUCGGACCCCCCCUGCUGGAGACAAAAGAGAUGUACCACCUAUAGAAAGACCAAACAUGAAGAACAGGAAGACCUGGGACAAAAAGACCGAGGUAAAGGAACAAAGCAAAGCAGAUAAAGAUUGGAGAAAGAAGAAAAGUGGAAAAAAGGAAGGUGACAAAGACAGAAGAGAGAAAGUGACGGAUGAAGAACAUUCUAAAGAGCAAAAAGACCGGAAAAAAGAGGAAGGCAAAGCAGGCAAGCAAAGAGAAGAGAAAAGGGAGUGGAAAAGGGACAAAAAACAAGAUGAAGGUAAAAUAGGGAAGGAAAGAGGAGAGAAGUGGGGGGAGAAGAAAGAAUGGAAUGAUGAGAAAAAGGGGAAGAAAGACAAACAUACAGAAAAGGAGGACAAAAAGGGAAACAAAAAGGACUGGAAGGAUACUGGCAACAAGAAAGUGAAAGAAGAAAAAGAACAUAAACAGAAAGACAUGAAAAGUGAUAAACACAGUGGCGAGAAUGACCAUAGAGAAUGGAAAGAGAAUAAAAAAGAGGAAUGGAAAGGUAAAAAGGAAAAGGGUGAGGGAAAACACAAUGAGAAGAAAUGGAAAGGAGACAAAGAAGAGCAUGCUGAAGAAAAAGAGCAAAAGCACCGGAGAGGGAAAGAAAGAGAGUCAAAAAAGGAAGAGUGGACAAGAGAUGACGUGAAGGAAGAGAAAAAAAACAAAGCGCACCACCACAAAAACAGCCCCAAUGAAAAAGAGAAAGGACAGAAGGAGAAACCCAGGAACACACCUCAAGGCGAAACCUCCAGCCAUCACCAUCACGAGCAGCAGAACUACUGGACCAAACAGCGAGAGCGGAUCCAGCACUAUGAUGACCUGCGGGGCCACUGCAGCGGCGUGGAGGACUGCGCUCGAGUCGAGGGUCUCUCUCCUGUACACCUGCACGACUUCGAGAACCUGCUCCAGUCCUACAUGAACAAACUCCAGGAGGAACAGAGCUCCAGUAAAGAGGAGCUUAGGAAGCUGGUGAGGGAGUUCUUCAAUGACGGAGUGUUCGCUCAUGAUCAGAUGCCCUUCAGUGAGUUUGUAGAAGAUGUAGGGGACAUUUUGGAGGACAUGGCUGAAGGAGAAGAGAGCGACACUGAGGCGGAGGACAGCGAAGAGGAUGACGACGACGAUGAUGAUGAUGAGAUGGAGGAUUUCGAAAGAGAAGCUAUGGAGAAAUUUGCACUUCCAGCAGAAGCAAAGAAGGUUGAAGAUUCUUCUAGGAAAAAAAGGUACAUGUUGAAACUGUCGGGUCUGAGUUAAUUUCAUGGUUAUUAAUAAUAAUAUUAAUAAGAGUGUCAUUUCUGAAGAGUAUAUUCAUUUUCAUUAUUCA